AUGGGACUUAUUGAAAAGGCUGGUCUCUCCAAGACGAUAUCAAAUGCUAGACCUUUCUAUUCUCAGUUAAUUAGGGAAUUUAUUGUAAAUCUACCUUUUGACUUUAAUGACCCUAGUAGUCCGGACUACCAGACAGUUUACAUUCAAGGCUUAAAAUUCAACAUUUCUCCUACAGUAAUUAAUGGGUUUUUGGAUAACAAUGUCGAACCAAAUUCUUCACCCUCAAACCCAUCAAAUAAAUUUUUGGCUCUUGUGUUAUCUGGAGGGACUCUAUCUACUAGGCCUGUAAAUGGAAUUCCAGUUGUAUCUCUCAGUAUAAAGUAUGUCAUUCUUCAUAAGAUUGAUUUUGCAAACUGGUUUCCAUCUUCAAAUGCUUCCAGUAUGUCUGUUGCUUUGGGAACAUUUCUUUAUCAGAUAUGCAAUGACGACACUGUAGAUACAGGCCUCUUUAUAUAUAAUCAGCUUCUAAGGCAUGUAGGAACUUUUGGUCUUAGAAUACAUAUUGUUUUACCGCGUUUUUUCUCAUGCUUAUUAGUUCAUCUAAAUGUUGUGGUACUAACAACCCUUGAUGCCCCUAGACCUGAACCAAAGACUUUAUCUCUGAGUUAUAGACUUUUUCAGGGAAGUCAUGUUCCAGAUAUAGAACAUGACAUGCGACCUUCAAAGGCUCCUAGAUGUUUGACACGGAAGACUUAG